AUGCGUCCACCGCUCACAUUGGGGGUUGUCGCCGCCCUACUCACUCCAGCGGCAUCCACCACCAGCAACAUCCUCGAUGCCUGCGCCACGCUCGCCGCUUCGCUCGGCGACGGCGUCGCCUUCCCCAACUCGACGUCGUACCUCGGCGGCCUGUCCUACUGGUCCGCGCGCCAGAGCGCCCAGCGGCCCUAUUGCCUCGUCUCGCCCUCGUCCGCGGCCGAGGUCGCCGUCGUGCUCACCACGCUCAUCCGCGCCGGCGCCCCGUUCACCGUCCGCGCCGGCGGCCACACGGCACACGCCAACGGCUCCAACACGGACGACGGCGUCACCGUGUCCCUCGCGCGGCUGCGCACCCUGCGCCUCGCCCCCGACCACACCUCCGUCGCCGUCGGCGCCGGCCUCCGCUGGGGCGACGUCUCGGCCGCCCUGGACCCCCACGCCCGCGCCGUGCUCGGCGGCCGCGACGCCGACGUCGGCGUCGCCGGCCUGCUCCUCGGCGGCGGCUUCUCCUUCUUCUCCGGCCGCCACGGCUGGGCCUGCGACAACGUGCUCGGCAUGGAGGUCGUGCUGGCGUCGGGGGCGGUCGUGUACGCCAACGCGAGCCAGCACCGGGACUUGUUUCGCGCCCUGAAGGGCGGCGGCGGCUCCAGCUUCGGCAUCGUUACGAGGUUUGACCUCGCCACGAUUCAGCAGGGCGACUUGUGGACGCGCACCGUCAUCUUUGACGGCCGCGCGGACGAGGCCAUUGCCGAGGCCGCGACGACGCUUUUCACAGACGGCAUGGAGGAGGACCCGGACGCCCAUGCGUACUUCGUGCGUAUGCACCAGCCCGCCUACGGCGGCUUCACAAACCUCGCGAGCUUCUUCCACGCAACGCCGCCGCCGCGGCUCAGCGCGUCGACGUACGCCACGCCGCCUGCCUUUUCCGCCUUUGACGCUAUCCCCGGCGUGCUCGCCAACACGAGCAUGGUCGGCAACCUCAGCGCCAUCUCCGCGACCAUCUCGAGCGCCUACGGACAGCGCCAGGCGUGGUCCAACAUUGCCUUUGCGGCCGGCUCUCCGGCCGCCAUCACCGAGCUGCUCGCGCUGUGGGACGCCGCCGUGCUGGCCAUUGUCCCGCAGGCGGCCGCGCGCGGCGCCGUCUACGCACCGUUCGCCAUCUACCAGGCCGUCUCGCGCAGCCACCUGCGGGCGUCGCGCGCGCGCGGCGGCAACGCCAUGGGGCUCUCGCCGGAGACGGGGCCGCUGGUCGUGAUGCACUUCCUGACCGGCUGGUCCGACGAGGCACUCGACGCGGCCGUCCUGGACGGCACGCGGGCGCUGGUCGGCGCGGCUGAGGACAGGAUGAGGGCGCGCGGCGCGGACCGCGCGUUUGUGUACAUGAACUACGGCGGCCAGUGGCAGGAUGUGCUGCAGCGGUACGGCCUGCCGAGCUAUGCUGCGCUGCUCACGACGUCGCUGCGGUAUGAUCCGCGGCAAGACUUGCGGCGGCUGUGGAGGGGGUACUUUAAGCUCUACUGA